AUGAAGUCCUGGAAUACCCUUUUUCUUUUGUUCUCAUUUAUCUCAGGCAUUCUCGCCGCGAAGCCUGCGACCGAUAAGUUUGAGAAAUACUCUCUUUCCCGGUCAGGGCCUAUCGAUCUGGACAAUGCCUCAUUUGAUGACUUGACGACAGCACCUCGGGAUUACUAUGCCGUGGUUAUUCUUACUGCAAUGGAUGCUCGUUAUGGCUGUCAGAUGUGCCGCGAAUUUGACUCGGAGUGGAAUUUGAUCUCUCGGAGCUGGAAUAAAGGUACCAAACCCGAUGGACUUAAAGUGGCUUUUGGUACGCUGGAUUUCGACAGGGGCAAGACAGUCUUUCAAAAGCUCAUGCUCCAAACUGCACCCGUUCUCCUGCUGUUCCCUCCAACUGUCGGACCUUUCGCUAAGAUGGAAACGGACCCUGUGAGAUUUGAUUUCACCGGUCCAAUGUCUGCCGACCAACUGUAUUCGUGGAUCAAUCGUCAUUUGCCUGAUGGCCCCAAGCCUCCACUGGUUCGACCUGUCAACUAUAUGCGCAUCAUAUCUGCCAUCACGAUCUUGAUGGGUGCUGUGACUCUAUUUACAGUUUUGUCUCCUUAUAUCCUACCUGUUAUUCAGAACCGAAACUUGUGGGCGGCUAUUAGUCUGAUUGCCAUUCUCCUCUUCACCAGUGGGCAAAUGUUCAAUCAUAUUCGAAAGGUUCCCUAUGUUGCCGGUGAUGGCCACGGUGGUAUCAGUUAUUUCGCCGGUGGAUUCCAGAAUCAAUUUGGUAUGGAAACUCAGAUCGUGGCUGCCAUGUAUGCUGUCCUAUCUUUUGCAACCAUUGCACUUGCAUUGAAAGUUCCCCGGAUGGAAGAUAUCAAGGGACAGCAGUUAGCGGUGCUGAUCUGGGGAGGUAUUCUGUUCGGAACUUAUAGUCUCCUGCUCAGUGUUUUCAAGACAAAGAAUGGGGGAUACCCUUUCUAUCUUCCCCCCUUCUAA